UCCCCUUCAAGUACGCUUUUGCAAAGCGGAAACAACAAGACCCAGACAAACCGAGAAGCUUUCGAUUCUACUCCAUUAAUAUCAGGGGAAAAAAGAAACAUCUGAGUUUGUCGUCGCAUCGGAGCUUCACAAAACAACACCGGUGAUUGAACUACACAAUGGACUCGUUCUCGGGAUGUACAGAUUUAUACAAGCCAGCACGACGCUGUUUCGAUUUUCAAACGUAAACAUCCGCCGAGCAGCUUCGUCCAUGUGUGAGCAGCAACUUCAUGAUGCUAACCGUGUUUAUGAAGACUGUACCUGUCCAAAACAGAUGAUAUGGGAUUCCCAGCCAAUCCUCUGUUAUAGUACGACCGGAAUUUCUUCGUUUUGAAUCUUCCAAGACGGCAAAUUAUGAUGCGAAAGAGUUAGCACGCGCGCUAACUCGGCUAACGUUAUCAAAGCUGCGUGUUUGUGUUGCAACUGACCUGAACUGUCGUUUGACACCACGAAUAACACGACAGAUGACAUACAGUUCAUCUCAGCGAACUGAAGUGCCAUUUCACGAGCGGACAUGCUUAUUAUGGGUGUGCUGAACUUUGUGUUUAGUACAGUGGGAAAAUGUAUAGAUGCCAUUUGCCUCCUUCUGGAUCUUAACUUCGUGAUCGUCAGCUCAUUGAUUCAGCUGUUGGUUUCAGUGCUCUCCUUCAUCAAUAGUUUGCCCAUGCUCCUCACUAACUCAGUGUUUGAGUGCUGGAACCUCAGUCUGCUGUGCAUCAUCACCAUGAGGGACGGAGUGACAGUCGUGACCCAUAACAUGGUCGGAGGCUGGACUCAGCUGCUCGGAGGUGUGCUGGAGAGCUUCAAGAUUAUCGGAUACCUGUCUUCGCAUCUACUGCUGCGCACCAAAGAGCUCCUUCACCGUGGCCUGCUGUCCGGACACAGUUUGCUUCGGCAGGCUUGGGAAGGCUUUGGGAUUUUAUUCAGCCUGCUGCUGUAUUUCAUCAACACCAUCGUCAACCUGCUCCUCAUAGGCACUCAGAACUUAUACUCGUUGUUGGUGAGCACUGUGGAAGCGGUGUCAUGCCCUCUGCAGAAAGCUCUAGAGCUGACGUUAACCGUGCUGACCUUUCUUUACAGCAGUCUCGUUGGCACCUCCAUCCUGUUGUGGACGCCAUGUAGACUAGCGAUGGAGUUUUUGGGAUCGGCGUGUCACAUUUUUGUGAGCAUAUUUUUGCUCAAUUCUUACGGACUGCUUCUCACGUUGGUGAUCAUCACUGGUGCGACUGUGUAUCUGAACCCUGCGCUUCCACGACAAGCAUCUCUGCGCAUGAUCACCUUUAUUAAUACUGUUCCUAUUUUACGCCGACUCCGAAUGGCUCUACAGCGGCUCUAUGUGCUGGAGAGGAAUGUUUGGCAGCGAUUAGCAUGGCAUCGCAGCCGGAUUGGCCUCUUAGUAGCUGCAGAAAGAGAUGUUGGUCAAGCGGAGCCCAAUAUUGAGCCACAGGUUGAGCUAAAUGUACCAAACCAGGAGGUGGAAGAUGCUCCCGAAGACACUCUCCAGCCUGACAAUCCACUUCCUAGUUCCAGCGCUCACAGACCGCUCCGGAAGUUUCCAUCAGAGGACAGCUGCAGAGGCCCGCCAACAGAUAACCUUCUCAAUCUCCUGCAGGAGCAAGAGGAGAGGAAAAAGUGUGUGAUUUGUCAGGACAGCACUAAGACUGUUGUGCUUUUGCCAUGCCGACACUUGUGUUUGUGCAGAGACUGCACCAAUAUUCUUCUGCGCCAGCCAAUGUACCAACAGAACUGCCCUCUGUGCCGCCACAUGAUCCUUCAGACCAUGGAUGUGUAUCUCUGAGGCCAAACGUUUACGGAUGUGUUUGUCAUCCUCAGGUGUUUUUAUUUUUUCCGUCUUCUUCCGAGCAGGACUGUUCCUGAAAUGUGUCCAUUCCACUACUGAUGCUUGUAAAUAGAUUCGAAUCUCAAAGCUUUUAUAAAUUGUGAUGUGAGGAUCGUGUGCUUUCUUAUGUUUUUAUAUCCAUUGUCACUUUUUUUCAUCGGCUUAUAAAAGCAACACUAUUUUUCUCAUGCAGCAAUAUCAUAUGAAUGUAAGCUUUGUAUUAAAAAUGGGAGGUUAAUUGUGCUUUAUUGAGAGUGUUUUGUAGGCUAUGAUACUAACGUUGGAGUUUACUGUAAGGAUUCUUGUAUUCUGCAUUUUUUUAAGGUGAUCAAUGAACAUCUGCGGCAUCCAAUUGAUUUUUGUUUCAGCAUACAUUAGUGGUCAAAAGUUUGGGGUCAAAUAGUUUUUUCCGUGUUUUUUUUUUUUUUUUUAAUGAUUCUGUUCAUCAAGGCGGCAUUUAUUUAAUGUAAAAACUUUAAAUAUUUAUGAAAAAUUUAAAUAGCUGCUUUCUUAUUGUAUGUAAUUUCAAAUGAAAGUAUUACUCCAGUCGUUAUUUCUUUUAUUACUGUUACCAUUAAUAAUAACAAUAAUAUUAGAGUGAUUUCUGAAGGAUCAUGUGACUUAGAAUAGGGCUGUGGGAUUAGUCGAAAUCGAAUCACAAUCGUGAUUUGAAAUGUUGCGAUUAGCUAAUUGCAAGAGGCUGUAAUAUGAAACGUAUUAUAUAAUUUCACCCACCCUGAGCAAAUGCAUGACUGUCGUCUGUAUGUGACAGUCUUACUAGCCAAUUAAGUGAGCACACUUUCGUUCUGCCCAAUCAGAAUUGCGCCACUGAACUACGCCCACAAUAAAACAAACAAACAGGAAAGUGUGGACAAGUGCUUAUGGUGUCUGCCACUUCAGAAGCAUUAAUGGAUUAAUUCAUAUCAAAGAAAAACCGCACAUCGGUAAUAUGGGAAUAUUUUUAGUUUCAAAGUCGCAGACGCCGAACAAAAACAGGUCAUUUGUAAGAGCUGUCGCAGAAUUGUUGCCACGGCACAAGAAAAUACAACAACCAGCACCUAAAAAAGCACCACAGGUGGCUAUAUGAGGUGUCUUGCUAAAAAGUCAACUGAAAGUAUUGCCAGUGACAAUCUAGUAGCAAACAACAGCAAAGUACAAUUUCAGAGUUGUUUGCAGCUGUUGCACCGUAUGAAAAAACAUCACGAAGGCACCAGGAGAUAACGAACGCCAUAACUCACUCUGUUUGCUCUAGAGAAAAAUGAGUGUUUCAUUUCUGAAUAUAUAUAUAAACAAAUUUGAAUAAAAGUUGCAGUUAAAAAAGGAAUUGAAAAGAUAACUAACACACACAGCGUUUUAGCAGUAAGAAGCUACGAUACAGAUUAUUGAGCUGAAGCUUGACUCCAAAAUUAAAUCACGAAUCAAAUCAAAAUCGCAAUAUCUUAUAAAAAAAAAAAAUUGCAAUUAGAUGUUUUCCCCAAAUCACAUAGCCCUACUCGGAAGUAGAGCUGUGCGAUUAAUCGAAAUCGAAUCACAAUCCUGAUUUGAAUUGUUGUGAUUAGCUAAUCGCAAGAGGCUGCUAUAUGAAAUAUAUAUGCAUUAUUUAAUUUCCCCCGCCCAAAGUAAAUGCGUGACUGUCGUCUGUGUGUGAUAGUCUUACUAGCCAGUUGCCUGAGCACACUUUCGCUCUGCGCAAUCAGAAUUGCGCAGUCGAACUAUGUAGAACGACCACAAUAAUAAUUAAAAAAACAAACAGGAGAGCACGAACAAGUGGGAUAAUGGCGUCUGCUUCUUCAGAAGCAUUAACAGACAAAUUAAUAUCAAAGAAAAACAGGACAUCGGUAAUAUGGGAAUAUUUCAGCCUGAUCUCACGAGAAAAUGUAAGUAUUUUACGUUUUGCCAGUUUAGUAGCUAAUUCAUACGAGUUCAGUCGUACGAAAUUGUACGAUUUUAAAAAGGAGGCGUGGCACCUAACCCCACUCCUAAACUCAACCGUCAUUGGGGGAUGAGCAAAUCGUACUAAAUUGUCCGAAUUAGCCACUAAAUCAAAAAGUUACGAAUUGCCAUGAGAUUGUGUUGAAUAUUUUGGUUUCAAAGUCACAGACCUCAAGCAAAAACAAGUCAUUUUUAAGAGCUGUUGCAGAAUUGUUGCCUCGGCUUACAGAUUAUUGAGCUAAAGCUUGACUACAAAAUUAAAUCAUGAAUAAAAUCGCAAUCACAAUAUCUGUCAGAAAAACGCAAUUAGAUAUUUUCCCUAAAUUGCACAGCUCUACUCUGAAGACUGGGGUAAUGAAGCUGAAAAUUCAUCUUUAAAAUCACUGGAAUCAAUUAUUAAAUUAAAUUAUAAACUACUUUUGAACAGUUAUUUUAUAGUGCAAUAAUAUUUCACAAUUUGUACUGUAUUUUGGAUGAAAUAAAUGCAGCCUUGAUGAGCAAAAGCUUAUUUUAAAACAAAAAAUCCUGCUGAGCCCAAACUUUUGACCGGUAGUGUAUGUAGCAACCAUUCCGCAGAAAGCUGUUUUGCACUCUCUUUGACUCACUACAAUAUUUUCACAAUCUGAUGCCGUAUCCAUGCUGUUUUCGUCAUUUAUUAUUGAAGAGCAUUAAGGCUCUCUCACUGCUCAAAGGGUAUUGAUCAAUGCAUUUUCAAAUCGAAGUUUUGUGCUUGUUUUUUGUUUCGAGAGACGGUAAUCCAAUUCAGUUGUGAAAGGCUUUUAGCUCUGCUUUUUCCAGUGGAUGUUGUUAGAAAUCACUAUUUUGGAAACAUCUUGUACAUUAGAGAGACAAGCUGCAGGUCUUAUCUAAUUUAUUUUUGUCUUAUGUGAUUUUUCAAAAGCUGAAAUCCACACAUGCGUUUGGAAAGGCACAGUGCGCACGACAAUCAGGUGCAUUAAAGAGACAAACCAAGUCCAUUCAGUUGUGUUUUACUAACUUUUUUACUUAUUCUGCCGCUCUCAUUACUGCUUAAUGCAGACGAUAAGCACUAACACAUGGUUUAUUAUUGUCAUUUUAAGAUUUCUUCUUAAACAAGCUGUGAUUUCAUUCCAUAUUUAAGCCACAAGCCUUUUUAAAGUAUUCUUGUACUGCAGACUAUUUUGUAUAAAGGUCUGUGGGCAGAUGACUGUCUCUCCAGAGGCCUGGAUAAUGUCAAAACCACAUUCACUGACCAUUCAGAUGAACAAUAAACAGUAUUUGAUCUGUG